GCCGCGCGGGCCGCCGCUCGUGCCGGGCUGCGGCUCGUGGACUCGGGGAGGGUGCUGCCGGGCGGCGGGCUUACAGCCCACACGUGCAAGCGCGGGCGAGGAGGAAACGCAAGCGGGACAAGGACUUUUGGAGAGAGGUCAGAGAGCACCGAGUUGUGACUGCAGGCGUUGCCAUGGUAACUGGGGGACCGGAUGUGGCGACCUUAGGGUGCGACGGGGUUCUCGCUGGCCGCCCGAGGCCCCAAGUCUGUCGAGUGUCUCGCUGUAACGCGGCGGGGGUGCUUUUCCACGUGGGGAGAAGACUUGGGCAAGCAAGUAGGAACUACACAAGGGAAGCAAAGCCUCCCCACGAGCGGCACCGCGAGCCAGACCCUCCGUGGGAGAAGACGGCCGCGGAGCCACAACCUGCCGGAAGUGGCAUGGCGAAAGCCUCGGGCUCCCGGCCCACCGCCCACCCGGAAGCGGAAACAAACCCAGUGUGCCCCUUCCUCACUGCCCUCCAGAUCCUGCUGCAGCCAUUGCUGCCGCAGCCACGAUGCCCAAACGCAAGAAGCAGAAUCAGCAGCAGCAGCCGCCACAACAUCCUGCGCUGUCCGACCGGGACGAGCCUGGAGACGAGGAGGAUGAGAGUCCCAUUGGACCACCCAGCCUUCUGGGCCCUCCCCCCAUGGCUAAUGGAAAGCCUGGUGAUCCCAAGUCAGCUCUUCACAGAGGUCCUCCAGGAUCAAGGGGACCAAUGAUUCCACCACUGCUGAGUCUCCCACCUCCUCCCCGGGGUAGAGGCCCUAUUCGAGGAGGCCUUGGUCCUAGAUCUAGCCCGUAUGGUCGUGGUUGGUGGGUUGUCAAUACUGAACCUCCGUUUCCUGGGCCAGGCCAUGGGGGUCCCUCUAGGGAAAGCUUUUACAGAGAGCCAAGACAUCCACGAAGGCUCAAAAGCUGGUCUCUUGUCAAGAACACCUACCCACCUAAGAAUAGCCCCCCGGUGAUAGAAGACAAAUCUGACCGCCCUGUCUGCCGACACUUUUCCAAAAAGGGCCACUGUCGAUAUGAAGACCAUUGUGCCUUCUACCAUCCAGGCGUCAACGGGCCUCCUCUGUGAGACUGUGCCUUCCCACCCAUGCUGGAAGGAGCCCCUGACCAGUGGCCCCCUCGCAGCUACUUGAAGGCCCUGCUGUCGUCACCUUCAGUCAGUGACAUGUCCACCCCAUUCAUCGUCUCCCCCAUGGGGUCCAGAGUUGUGAUUAUCACUGGUGUGCGGUGCGCAUUGUCUUCUGAUCCAGGCUUCAGAGACUUUUGGGACCCCAUCUUGCUCCCUCCCACUGCCUCCUGCCAAAUGACUGCUGAACAGGAAACCAUUGGUGCUGUUUCUUGUGCAUCCGCCCACCUGUCUCCCAGUAUUGCCCUCAGUUCCCAAGAGCCCUGGAGCAGCCUUCUGUCCUCUGGCUGCUGUUUUAAGUCCUUUGCCGUGAAGCCCCAGUGUUUGCAGCUGCCCGGACACGCACCAGGUUGUCUGUCCUUGGGGUCAGGUUUGAGUGACUGGUACAGACUUGCUUCCUGAACAACCUCCCCCUGCUUCUGGAUGUCCUAGUUUCUUGUCAUUAGCAUGAGCCCCACCGCUAAGGCCUGUGGUCACUGUGCUUUGUGGAACUGUGCAUCCCCUUGUAACCUUCCUGAGUGUCGCCUUCCUGAGUGUCUGUGGCAUUUUUGUGGCUUCCCAACACUAGAUAAGUUUUUCUGCCAAAUGGAGCAAGGCUCUCGGUGCCCUCCAGGCCUCACCUGCCUCCCAACACGGGGGAGUGUGAGACUUCCUCAGACUGCCUUCCCCUUGUGCCCUCUCUUCUGGCCCAGGCCAGUGAUGUCGUGUAAAGCCUCGGGCGGGUGGCACAGGCCAGUGAUGUCUUGUAAAGCCUCGGGCGGGUGGCACAGGCCAGUGAUGUCUUGUAAAGCCUCGGGCGGGCCUCCCACGCAGCCUCUGCCUGGCUCGUUUUAGUUAGGCCCUAUCAUUGUGAGGCCACCAGCCCUUUCAUUUGAAUUCUGUGAAUCUCCACCUGGCCUUGGCUUGUCUUUGGGUGGAGCCUGGACAGUACCGUCACCUCUGACUCACGUCCCUGGCACUGGCUGUUUUCUGUGAAAACAGCAGUGAACUUGUUGGGUUUUGAGCUGGCCCUGAGGAAGUGGGUCAGGAGGUGUAUGGACAAGGAGUGAGGAGGUGGAGAACUAAGAAUGAUUUUUUUUUAAUUUUUUUUUUAUAUUAGUAAUAAACACAGUGGAAACGGCA